GAGUUCUAAACACAAAAGACGGCGUAAUAUUUAAAUAGUCAUUUUGUUCACUAACGCAUACGGUUGGGUUAAGAUGUCUCAAUUUUUUAUAGUAUAGUUUAUCGGUAUAAAACCUGCAGUAUUAGGUCGCGUUUACAAAUGUUCAUCAAAAGGCUUGCAGUCAUGCGGUGUCUUCUUUCUCGUUUCUCUCGCGUGUUAUUACUCCAACGUCCUACAGCUUGCACUUCCUUUUUAAUACGGAAAUUCUCAAUAAAGCCUGACCUAUUGAACUUCCCAAAACAAUACCUUGGCCAACCUAGUCCUGCUACUCACCCGCAUCUUCUGAAACCAGGUGAAGUCACACCAGGGUUAACGCAGAGGGAAUAUUCACUUCGUCGUCACAAGCUGAUGUCCCUUAUACAGAAAGAGUCGGAGGUUCUGGGUGAUGGCAGAGACCAUGUUGUUAUUUUCCUGUCAAACGCUACAGUUUAUAUGACAAAUGACAUUCCUUUUCCCUUCCAUCAGCACAAUGAUUUUCUCUACUUCUGUGGAUUUCUCGAACCUGAUAGUAUCCUCCUCCUUCGGAACCAGCCUGGCCAAAGCCUUCCUUCACACACGGCAACUCUUUAUGUCCCACGCAAAGACCCUAGUCGUGAACUUUGGGAUGGGCCACAAUCCGGUGCAGAUGGAGCAGCUGCUCUUACUGGCGUUGAUGAAGCUUUCACACUGGAAGAAUUCAAACAUGUCUUGCCCAACAUUUAUGAUGAAGGAGUGACACUGUGGUAUGACAGUGUUAGACCAGCACACCCAAGCCUGCAUGCCAAGUACCUUCAACCACUCAUUGAAUCCAUAAGCCCAACUAAAAAGAAAAUAAAACCUACACAAAAUCUUGUACAACAACUUCGACUUAUAAAAACCCAAGCUGAAUUGGAGCUCAUGAAGAAAGCAGGAAGUAUCUCCUCCUAUGCAUUCAUAGAGACUAUGCACGGCAGUAAGGCUCCUGUGGAUGAAUCAUUUAUAUAUUCCAAGUUUGAUUUUGAGUGCCGGUCGAGAGGUGCUAGCAUUCUUGCAUACCCACCUGUUGUGGCUGGAGGAAACAGAUCCAAUACUCUUCACUAUGUAAAGAAUAACCAAAUAAUACAGCCUGGGGAGAUGGUCUUGUUAGAUGGUGGAUGUGAAGCAUCUUGUUAUGUCAGUGACAUCACACGCACGUGGCCUGUGAAUGGCAAGUUUUCUGCUGCACAAGAGGAGCUGUACCAGGCUGUACUCGAAAUACAGAAAUCAUGCCUUAGCCUCUGUUUCCCAGGCACAAGCCUGGAGAAUAUCUAUUGCCACAUGCUGAAUAUGAUUGCAAGAAAACUCAAGGAAGUAGGAAUUGUACAUAAAGGAUGCAACAAUGAUCACAUUUUCAAGUAUGCCCGUAAGUACUGUCCUCACCAUGUUGGACACUAUCUUGGCAUGGAUGUCCAUGAUACACCAGCUAUAUCCCGUUCUAUUCCUCUACAUCCUGGAAUGGUAAUUACAAUUGAGCCAGGUAUUUAUAUUCAGGAAAAUGACAAUACAGCACCAGAAAAAUUCAGAGGAUUGGGAAUCCGUAUUGAAGAUGAUGUUGUCAUCACAGAACAGUCCCCUAUAAUACUUUCUGCGGACUGCCCCAAAGAAAUCUAUGACAUACAGCAGAUCUGUGCCAAUGGAGUUUAAAAUUCAGGUGUACAUUAUUAAAAUUGUAAAACAAUGGUUGAUAACUCCCAUAAAAGACUGGCUCUGCAUUUUUGUGUUGCAAAUUAAAUCAACAGUUAAUUAAAUCUUGUUAAUAAAA